UUUUUCUAUUAUGAAGACAAACCGCUUGUAAAACUUAUAUUCCAAAAGUUUGUUUCAGACUUAUAAAUUUAGAAUCCGAACUUUAAUUCUUAGAUCACCAAUUUAAAUGAAUAUUUUUUCCCUCUCCAACAUUGGUUAUUCAGUCCUCCUUAAGAGGAAGGGGGGGGGGCAGUUCCUUUUAGAACUUUCCAAGGUUUUUUAUUAUCAAGUUUUAUAAAAUAUGUUAAUUUUUAAAUAUCUUUACGGUUACUUACUUUUAUACUCCCAGAAUUAUGAGUUGUUUUCUUAAAUUAAAAUAAUCGUUAUACGUUAUAGAAAUCGAAGACAACAAGAACAAGCGAACACCGUAUCAUGUCAAGUAUUUCUAAAAAACGGAAGCGAAUAAAACUUCAAUGUUGUAUUUGUGGUAGUCAAUUCGAUGAUGAUUAUAGAAAUCGCCAUGAAAAGGCAUGCCAUGAAGGAAAACGUGUUCAAGUUAAAACAUUAGACGCACCAUCGAGCCCUUUUGAAGCUGCAAAGAAAAAACCCCAAAACAGCCAAAAUCUUCAUCAUUUGACAGAAGUUGUAAGCGAAAUUUCAAGCAACUUUCCAAAAAGCACUGUUUCCUUUGAAGUUAAUAAGUUAGCUGGCCUUGAAAAAGAAACUAAAGAUGUAGAAAAUGAAGAAAUAGAAAAUGCUUCGAAAAUCACUGAAGAGUUAAUAGAAUUUUCCGAAAAUUCUAUGAACACAAAUGAAUCUACAGAUCCUGAAGAACGAAAAAUUGUGGAUGUAGAAGCUAUUACAGAAAAAGCAAUUGAAGAACUUAACCAUGCUUCGAAAAAUCCUUCUUUUGAAACAAAUCAGUUAGUUCUUAACUCCGAAGAAAGGAAAGAUGCGGUUGUAGAAGUUUCUCCAAGAGUAAGAAAAGAAAAAAAUGAAGAACUCAUUACUAUUGCUUGUCAUUCUCCAACCAAAGUAACCGACACUACAAUAUUACUAAGAUUCGAUGAACAAAAUACUGAUGGUAAUCAACAAAAUACUGAAGGUAAUAAGUCUUGGUUGACGUGUUUAGCUCAACUUUCAGCGCUAGUUACUGAGGUUGAAGAGUGCAAGAAAAUUUUAAACCAUAUGAACGAAGAAGGAUUUGCAAAUCCUUUGAUUUUUUUGUCUGAAAGCAUAGAAGUCAUAACGAGUGUAAAAGAAAAGUGUAGCUUGUAUUUAAAUGAUGCAACCACGGCUCUAGAUGCAAUUUUAAGCAGUCGGCAAGUAAGUUCUCAUUCUGUAUCGGAAGAACAUCAUGAAAUAGUUGAGCAUGACCCUGGAAAACGCAAACGUAUUUGUUCUUCAAAUCAAAGGAAGUAUUUAAUUUCCCUUGGACCAAAUCAGCCAAAACUAACAGCUUUUCCGGCUAAUAAUGAAAUUCCUCAGUCCAAGCAAAGACGCUUUAAUCCCAGCUGGUAUAAGGAAUACCCACAUUUGGAGUACAGCGUAUUUAAAGACGCUGCAUUUUGCUUUGUUUGCAGUCUCUUCCCUGCAUGUACUAAUAGGGAAAUAACUGGUGAUGUGCCCUGGAUUGACGAAGGUGUCAGGCAAUGGCAUAAAAUGAAAAGUGUUGGUAAUAAUAAGCUAGGUAAACUCGCAAGCCAUUUCUCCUCGUGCAAAGCAUCCCUCUCCACCGGCAUUGAAAAAAGAAAUUAUGAUAUUUCAUCCUCAAAAAAAUUUGACUCAAAGACAGGACUUGGGGCAACAGGAUUACAGAAGAAAAUGCUUUCAUUCGAUUUUAUUUCUACUAUACUGUUCAUGAAAAAUAUAUUGUAUAAAUUAAAAAAUUUAACAGAGGCUUUGGAAGCAGAGAAACUAAAUAUUAUCGAUGCCUCCAUUCUAAUCGAAAGCGCCAUAAAAUCUUUAGAAGAUAUCAAUUAUAAUAAAAAGAGCAUGGACGAUUUAUUGGAAACUGCAAUUGCAUUUUCAAAACAAUGCGAAACUGAUCCAUUCAUGGAAUUUAAAAAGCAUCACAGAAGAAGGAUUGCACCAAAAAGAUUGGACGAGAAUGCGGAAACUCAAGCUAAGUAUUCUCUGAAAGAUUUCUAUCGAAAGGAAUUUACAGCAGUGUUGGACACUAUGAUUACAUUAUGUAAGGACAAUGUCCAAACGUUUGUCAACGUCUUAAAACCCCUGUUUGACAUUUUAAAAGCCUCCUAUGGAAAGAAGCCGAUGUACUUUGGAAAAUGUUGA